AUGUCGGACUUCAAUGCACACGGCCUUCACCCGAGCUGGGUCAAGCCGGAAGCAGAGCAGGUGCAAGACUUUUUCGAUAGCUUGUCGGAGAAGUACAUCCAUGAUGAGCCAGCGUUUAUCUGGGAUACCACCAAGGAGGAGCUGGAUUAUAUUGCCGCCAUGGCGGCGAAGGCGGAGCUUGCUCGGGAGGCCGGCAGUGCCGGCGCCGUAGAGGACGAGGCUGGCGCGGCCGCGGAGGACAAGGAGCUCGCCGGAUGGGUGGAGUCUGCUGGGGAGGCCAGCAGUGCUGGCACCGGGGCUCCUCUUGUCGAAGAUGUGGUCGAAGAGUCGACCGAGAGGGAGGCCGAGGCCGACGACCCUUCGGUCCCAGGGAGGAGAUGCGUCCUGUGCCGGGAUGGCUCCGGCGAACCAGUUCGGCCCGACAGGGCCGUGUCACGGCAACAGGUUCAGGAGCAAUCUGUGCGCCAGACGAGGGCCGCGGCAACGAAGAAGGCGGGACACGGAGACGCUGGGGCAGAGGGUGGCGAAGAGGGCCAAGGCCUCGACGGGCAACAAGCCCCCGGCGGGUACUUCGAGUAUGCCACUGGUGGUAGAGAGCAGCCCUCGACGCAACCCCCGCUUCAUCCCCCAACGAGAAGAACGGCAGCAGGAGGAGCCGUCGAGGGCUACCCCCAACAUGCCGCCCCUCUCGACUACGCUGCCCCGAGGGGCGUCCCCGGCAAGGGCGUCCACCACCGAGCCCAAGCCCAUGGAGGAGGAGAUGAACUUGGGUGCCGGUGGUUCCACCCGGCAACGAACGUUGGCGGGGAGGGCGCCACUUCUUCCCAGCCUGGUGCAGGGACAGCGAGCACCAGGGCACCCACCGCGGGGGAGGUGUUCGAUGCCGAGGUGCUCGCCGCUGCCGGGCUUGAGGAGGAGGACCUUGCCGCUCGUGAGGGGGCGCUCGCCGCCACACUCCACGGCAAGGAUGAGGAUAUCGAGAAGCUCGUCGCACAGCGGACCCAGGAGCUGGAGCAGAAGCACAAGGAGGCGCUCAAUGCCCAAGCCCUGGUCCAUGCCGGCAAGGUGAAGGAGCUGGAGGUGGAGCGGGAUGGGCUGAAGGAACAGACAAACCCUAGCUACUUCCCUCGCGCCGCGACGGACGUGUCCGUACGCCGGCCGGACAAAGCCGCCGCCGCCUCCAGCCACUCGCGCGCCGCCACGUCACCCCGUACCCGCGCGCCGCCGAAGCCCGCGAGGGCCCAGCGCCGGCCCUCCCGGCCCGCGCCGUCGCCUCCCGGGCCCGAGCGCCCCGCCGCCUCCUUCCCCGCGCGACCCGCCGGUGUCCCGCCGCCGCGCCGGCAACCGCUCUCCGGCGAGCUUGCCACUGCCACCGCCGCGCCUCGGGGCCCCGCCGCCCGUGCCGCGCCCCUGCUCCGGUGGCCGGAGCCCGCCGCCCUCGCCCGGAUCCCGCCGGUGCCGGCCCCGCCGUCCCCUACCUCGCCGUCGUCGACCUCCAUCGCCGGCCGCCGCAUCAGUUCUAUCGAGCCCGAGCUCGAGUUCCCUGAUCGGAUCUGGUCAACGCAAGGUUGA